AUGGGAGACGCUCCAGGUGACGCGACUGCUAACAACACUUCAACUCGAUUGGAUUUCAAUAGCCCAUUCUAUUUGCAUCCCUCAGAGAAUGCAGGUUCUGCUUUACUUCCUGUUGCUUUUGACGGAACUAGCUACAGGUCAUGGAGACGAGCAGUUCUUAGGGCUUUAUCUGUUAAGAGUAAAACUGGAUUUAUAAAUGGAAAAAUCGUGAAGCCAAACUCUGCAGAUCCAAUCUUCAUGCAGUGGGAAAGGUGUGAUGACAUGGUGACCUCUUGGAUUUUAAAUUCUCUAUCACCAGAUCUGCGAGAUAGCUUGCAAUAUGUCAAUAAUGCUAAGGAGCUUUGGGAGGAGUUGGAGGAUAGAUAUGACCAAACUAAUGGCUGCAAACUCUAUCAACUACAGAAGGAGAUAAAUGACCUUGUGCAAGGUAAUUUGGAUGUCACUGGUUACUAUACUAAGAUGAAGAAGUUAUGGGAAGAAAUGAACACUCUUGAUAUCAAUUCUCAAUGCACUUGUGUGUGUAUUUGUGGUGGAAAAACUAAGAUGCAUAAGGCUGAGCAAGAUAGAAGACUUAUACAUUUUUUGAUGGGCCUAAAUGAGAUGUAUACUGCUGUACGUGGAAACAUCCUCAUGAUGUCUGAUCUACCAACUAUGGCACAAGCAUUUGCCAUUUUGUCACAGGAGGAAAGGCAAAGGGAAAUGAAGCCUCCUAGUCACAUGGCCUUGGAAUCCACCUCUCUAAAUGCAUCUGUGUCACCACAAUACAAUGCAGGAUCCAAAGGCUUUAAUACGAACUACAAUAGAGGAGGUACAGGCAGAGGUGCAAGCAGUUCCAAUAACAGCAGUUCUAAUACUUUCAGGGGAAAUUCCAGUACUGGGAACAGGUCAAAUUUGUUCUGUGAGUACUGCAAACGAAUUGGACACACUAAGGAUAGGUGCUAUAAGCUUCAUGGUUAUCCAACCAACACAAAAGCUCCAAGAGGAAAGGGCUCAGGAUCUGCAGCAAAUGUGCAUGCCUCUGAGGAUGAUAGAGGCCAGUGUGAGGAAACUACUGAGCAGGAAAGACAAAUUCCAUUGAACCUGUCCAAAAGUCAGUAUGAGCGGCUACUUAAUCUACUUGGAACUCUGCAAGUUGGAUCUGAUUGCUCAGGAAGCAUGGCAGGUGGAUCAGUGAACCUAGCAGGGCCCUUCUCUGAAGAGCCCUCUGGCACUUGGUAA